UUUUCUUAACAUGUGUAUAUUUUCAUAUGUUUCUUAAAUUGCUCGAUGAUCAGUUUUGUCUGCUUUCAGUUCAGAGAAACGCUGUGAGCGUAAUGACAUGUUAAAAACCUCUCCGUCCCCACAGAACAUGUUACUGUUGUUGUCCUGGCUUGUUUCCUUCUGCUUGUUCGGUUCGUCUGUAGGUGCGGCUUUUGAAGAGAUAUGCUAUGGCAGAGAUUUUAGAUUACCAUAUGAUUAUACACCACCAUUGUACAAUGGAAAGCUGUACUUCACUCCAAGUAAGGGGGGACCCAGGAAGCUAAUGAUGGAUAAUGGGGAGGCAAAGGAUCCACGCAUGAAAGUUUCCUACAGCACAGUUCGUCUCAAAGAUUUGAGGGAAAGCGAUGAUGGAACUUUUUCUGUCAUGUUCGGCACAAGAAUGUAUGAUUUCCUCAAACUGAAAAUUCUGGAUUGUGCCGAAGAGGUCACAAGGUAUUACGGGCAUUUGUACUCCUAUUCCGUUCCUAGAGAGGCUGAAUUUCUGGAGUUCAUUCCUCUUCACUCUGUGGACCAGCUAAUGGUCCUGUGGAAUCUCACUGACUCUCAGACUAAUAAGGGAGCCAGACGACAGAUGAAGCGCAAUUCCUGGGAGAUUAGCGGCGUCACUCAGGCAGACGCUGGCUACUACAACUUAAGGAAAAAGGACAACACUUUGCUGUCUAGGGUACUUCUCAGAGUAGAAGAGAGCAGACGACACUAUGAUACAAAGGUAAACACGAGGCUCUUCAUCCAAAAGCCAUUUGUUGAUGUCCCAUGGACUGUCACUUUUACCCGUGAGGGGGAAACAGAGCAGAUACCACUGAUGAAAGACGGCAAACCUUUCAAGGAAAGUUCCUGGAACCUGGAAGCGUCUUUUAGAAGGAGAAUUUCGUUCUUACAUGAUAGCAUCGAAAUUGCUCCUGUGCAAAUCAGAGACUCUGGCACCUUUGAGUUCAGAGACCCUCAAGGCAACCUGGCUGAGUCUGCGGAGGUGUUGGUAGAGCCAGAAUUUACUCCUACAUGGGUUUAUGCUGCUAUUUCUGGCGGGAUUAUCUUUGCUGUGAUUUUCUGCUGUUGUUGUAUCAGAAAGUGUUGUUGUGGAAAGAGCUCCUCUAAAAGAGACGAAUCCGCAGCUGCUGUGUAUCACCAUGAUGAGAAUCGACCCACAGGUCCCACAAGUUAUUCUGCUGCGCUUGCUUCGCAUUAUUCCUAUCGGCCAGUGAAUUCCCUUGCUUCUAGAGAACCUGCAACUGCCUCCCUUGGGCCACCGGUGUAUAAUCCAGUAAAUAUCCACGUGAACCCCACUCAGCCCGAGGUUGCAGCUCCAGGAGGGCAGGGAGUCACUCCAGCACCUUCAGGCAGCUUUGAUCUUUCCUCCUCGGACCCUGAUCCCAGGUUUGAGCUGAAAGGACUGGCCUUUCCCUCUGCUCCCCCUCUCAGUUCUGACUCAACAUUCUGUGAUGUUUAUAGUUCUGAUAAACUCAACUUUCUGUAAAGGACACACUGAAAAUAUAUGCAGAGUUAAAUUCAAAAUGAUGCUUUGUGACCUGCAGGAACACAGCUGUAUCAGUCCUUUAUUGGACUGUGGGACAUACGCACAAUGAACAUCAGUUGAAGAUAAGGAGAUAGGGAUCAUUUAGACCAUAAGAAACAAGAUAUCAUUCACAUAUGACCACACUCACCAUAAGUUAAUGUGUGGGAUAUCCUCUUUCUUUUGAUAUAAAUACACCCACAUAGUUUGAGGUCUGUACAGUAUUAAUAGUUUUAUCAAUUACUCAACUGGAGUCAAACUUAAGUCAACAUUCAAGCCACUAUUACCAGCUUUAUACUUUACACUAUAUUUGUAACUUUACACUUAUACAGUAAGUAUAAGUAAUGGAUAUUCUUUUUAUAACAUUGUUUCAAAUACUCAUAUAUCAUGUGCCUUCAUCCUCUCUGUGUGACUUAUCAGUGCAUUUUGAUAAAUUAUAUGGAAUGUUUUGAUUUCGGUACGUGGACUCUGUUACAUUUUGUGUCUUUUUGUUUAUGUUUGUAGAGUUUGCUUAUGCCAGAGUUUCUAUCCAAAAGCUCUUCUGGUCAUUUGGAAGUGAAAUUAGUAGAAUAUAGUGAUAUUUGAUACAAAUGUUUGUCUUUCUUUUGACUUUGACAUUUAGUAUUAAUUUGGCUAUUAAUCAUAUUAGAUUAUUUCCUUUCUUCCUGUUCGCAGUUUGAAGCAAAUUGUUCUCAGUGAUGAAGUCUUGCUACACAAAACCAGCACUGACCGAACUGAUGUAAUGUUCUCAGCCCUCUGGGGCCCCUGUGUUUGAAAAAACACUGCAAAAGUGCUGUCUAGGAUGCCUCUUAGGUAGACAAUAUGUGAUAAUGGGCUGUAAUAAGUGUAAUAAUACUGGAAAAUGAUUUUAAUCUAAACCAGAGUUUGUAACUGUUUCAAUGUGCAAAUCAAUGCAAGUCAUUGGUAAAACCAUAUAAGAUAUUAAACUUAUAUAUUUAACCACUUUC